AUGAGGCAAAGGAGAUGGCUCGAUCUAGUCAAAAACUACAACUGCGAAAUACUCUAUCACCAUGGUAAAGCAAAUGUGGUGGCAGAUGCUCUCAGCCGAAAAUCAAUCAACGCCCUCGUUGUUCAGCCAAAUUUGACAGAAACAAUCAAGGCCGCUCAACAAACCGAUCAAAUCCUUAAAAGGUUCAAUGCGGCAACUUUAGAGGUCCCUGCCACCAGUGAGGAAGUGCUCAUCAAUGCAUUGGCCCAGGGGUUACGCAUGGGUGAGUUCUUUGAUUCUCUCUCCAAAAAGGCCCCUGUCUCUUUCAAUGACUUGCUCAGGAGGGCAGAGAAGUACAUAAACGCGGAGGAAGCCCGGAGAAGCAGAACUAUAGAGGGCAUUUCGCCGGUGGAAAAACGGAAGGAUAAGGCCCGCGAGGAGAUAAGGAAGCAAGAACCGACCUACCGACGAGAGCCCGGCCUGGACAGGAGGGUGGGUCCUCGUUUUGAGAAUUACGCACCUCUCUCGUCGGCCCCUUCCGAGAUACUAGUUGCCAUCGCCAACCACCCCAAGCUCAAGUGGCCCCGAACUUACGCGGAGGUCCCAAGAAAGCCCGCCAACGCCGGGCCCUAUUGUAAGUUCCACAAUGAACACGGCCAUUCCACUGAUGAAUGCCAGCACCUAAGAGAUGAGAUCGAGAGGCUGAUCAGGACUAAGAAUCUUUCGGAAUUCGUUGGCGGUAAUCCCAAUGGGAUAAGGCAGGCCAAGAAGGGAGAUAGCUCAAACCGGCCCCCGACCAACGCGAGCGGAACCACAGAGGCCCGUCCACCUAACAGUUACAUUCACACGAUUUUCGGUGGCCCUGUCGGUGGGGACUCGAACAGGUCUCGACGGGCGCACCUAAGAGAGUUGCAGGAACUAAGGGGAGAACUCGCCAUGAUGUACCGGGUAUCUAUAGCCCCGCCUAUCACAUUUGGAGUGCAGGACGAGACUGGGAUACAACAGCCACACAAAGACGCGUUGGUCAUCACGGCCAUGGUAGCCAACUAUGAUGUGGCCAGAAUAUUAGUGGAUACAGGUAGCUCGGCAGACAUCAUCUACUACGAAUGUUUCAAGCAGAUGAGACUGAACUUCGAAGUUCGGAGGGUGGACACGGCGCUCAUUGGCUUCGCCGGGUAG